AUGAAUCUCCUCCGGGGAAAGUGCGGCAUCACCAAAGGUGCUUCCCUCUACUUAAUCUCCAUGGCAACAGCCGAUCUACUGGUCAUUUUGUUUGGUAUUAUACUCAACGCACUUGCUUCCACAUAUUUCCCACUCUCAUUCCUGUUCCAGCCAGCCGUGUGCAGUGUUAAUGCUGUGUUGGCCUAUGCUGCUAUCGACUGCUCUGUCUGGUUGACCAUCACUUUCACCUUUGACCGCUUUGUGGUCAUUUGUUGCCACAAUCUGAAAGCCAGAUAUUGCUCUGCCAGAACAGCAGCAGCCGUGGUAACCACUGUUUGCCUGGUGAACAUUUUCAGGAACAUCCCGUUUUACUUUAAGUACCAACCACAUGACACAUUGGAUGGUGUGCCCUGGGGAUGCAAUACCAGACCAGAGUUCUUCACCUUGCCAGGAUGGGUGGCAUUUUUCUGGAUCCACCAGUUGCUGAACCCAUUGAUCCCCUACCUCCUCAUCCUGCUGUUCAAUGCUCUGACUGUCAGGCACAUUGUCUUGGCAAAUCGGGCACGCAGGGGUCUCCGAGCUCCCAGUAACAGGGACCAGAGAGGAGAUGCAGAGAUGGUCAACAGGAGGAAAUCCAUCAUCCUGCUGUUUGUUGUCUCGGGCAGUUUUAUAUUGUUGUGGAUGCCUAAGGUCAGUGUUUUCUUUCUGAUGAAGAUUACUAACAACCAUUUUUAUCCCAGUUAUGACCAUCCUGUUAUGAUCGCUGACAUAUCUGGGACUAUGCUCUUCUACCUGAGCUCCUGUACAAACACUGCCCUUUAUGCCCUGACCCAGAGUAAAUUCAGAGAGGAGCUGAAGAGGGCUCUGAAAUACCCCUUCACUCUCAUCCGUGAAUCACUCCCUGCAUUUCAGUAA